AUGCGUGCUUCAGUUUUCCUAGCAGCUGCACUAGCAGCCACAACAACUAGCGCAACAUCUUCAUCCAACGUGACCAUCUACCGCAACGAAAGCUUCCUACCAGGAAACAGACUCCCCGAAUCCCACAGUACGACAGACGGCAAGGACAUUGUAAACCUGUUCCUCUCACUCAGCAGCUCAACAACAUGGACUCUGGUUUCCAAGACCAAAAUGGAAGGCGACACCGGCGAACCCGAGGGCAUGGUGCGUGUAGGCGAUGAGCGCCUCUUUGUAACAUCCAACCAAUACACAGUUCCAACUGUGAAAUACAACAAAACCAUCAACGGCACUGACCGCACUGUCGGUGCCGGGUUCUCGCACAUGCUCAUUUACGACCUGGACGGAAACCGGAUUGCGAAUGCCUCGCUGACCGCUGCGGGAGAUAUUGAGUAUCACGGCGGCGGAAUUGACUAUGAUGGUCGCUAUGUCUGGAUUACACUUGCCCAAUACAGGCCCAAUAGCACUGCUACGAUUGCUCGAAUUGAUCCGCUAACUUUGGAGACUACGCGCUUGUUUCGCCACGAUGAUCAUAACGGCGGUAUUGUGCAUGAUACCAUCACUAAUGAACUCGUGACAUUAAAUUGGAACGGGGCGAACGCGACGACGUGGUCGCUCAAUGGUUAUCCCAUGGGGUUCACCGCGAUCCCGGGUUUCACACCCGCAAUACGCGAAGUGCCCAACCCCAGUUUCUAUGUGGGUUAUCAAGACUGUAAAUACCUCGGUCAUCAUGCCAUGCCCAACCUCCUCCUCGCGCAGGCCGGUUGCGGACUACGAAGUGACUUCAACCCGGUCCGGCCCGUGAUGCUUUGCGGCGGUGUUGGCACUUUUGGCAGCUUGAGUCUGGGCGGAUUGGCACUUGUAGAUUUGCAGACGAUGGUGCCGCUGUGGGAAGUGCCGAUUACGUUGACCAGUGAUUUAGGGGUUUCGCUUACGGAGAAUCCGGUGGAUGCGCAGGUUGUGGAUGGGAAGUUGAGGGUAUGGUUUAUGCCGGAUCAGCAUAACAGUACGUUGUAUGUUUAUGAGGCGGCUUAA